UGGCAGUACCAUUCAAGGGUAGCGCGCUCACUCGAGAUCUCACAAGAGUUGAUAUUAUUGUUCGGUUUUUCUAUAUUAACUGUGACAUUUUUAAGUGUACAUUACAGUUUCAGUAAUUGAAAUAAAACUUUGCAAUGCAGAAACACACGAUAGUUUUGAUUACACAAAUCCUAUUUUUAAAAACGUAUGCCACAAAACUAGAAGUCGUCAACCAAUGGAAUUUCCUAGAAUUCGAUCCUCCAAACGAAUUCGGUGCCGCAAACUUCAGGCCAGAAAAUACAGUGUUCACGGGCGUAGAAAUCACCCCUGACAGAAUAUUUAUAUCCAUACCGAGAUUAAGAGACGGCGUUCCAGCCACUCUAGUCACUGUUCCCAGGAAUACACCUCCUGGCUCCAGCCCCAAACCGCAACCUUAUCCAGAUUGGAGCUAUCACGGAGCUGGUAUCGGUUUGGAUAAUGCUACGACUUGUGCCGGAUUGGUCUCGGUUUAUAGAACUCGGUUAGAUUCUUGUGGAAGAUUAUGGGUUCUAGAUUCUGGACUUGGUAACUCUUUAGACGACUUUCGAAGAAUUUGCAAUCCCAAGCUGGUAGUUUUCAAUUUGAAAACUGAUCAACCCGAAAGAAUAAUAGAACUUCCAAGAGAAGCUGUUAGACCUGCAACGGUCUUGGCUAAUCUGGUCAUCGAUGAAAGUGUUCAGGGAAGUUGCGAUUCGGCUUUCAUUUAUAUGGCUGAUACAGUUUCACCAGCUUUGGUAGUUCAUGAUGCUCUGAGAAACAAAACAUGGCGAGUGAGCCAUCCAACCAUGUAUCCAGAACCAAGUUUUGCAACUUACCACGUUAACGGAGAAACGUUUACUUUGCCUGAUGGCGUUGUAGGACUUGCACAUUCACCUAACCUAGCUACGUUGUUUUAUCAACCUUUGGCUACAGACAAAAUAUAUACCAUUUCUACGAAGACUCUCACAAAAGGCCCUCCAGGAGAAUUUGAAGACAUUCCUAUAGCAGUUGCAGGCACAAAGUCUUCCCAAGGUCUGGGUCUGGCUCUGGAUCAAAACACCGACACGCUGUUCUUUGUGCCUUUAGCCGAAACUUCUUUAGCUGCAUGGAAUCCACGGACAAACUUUCACGAUGCUUUGGCAUACGAUCCUACACUACUGGAUUUUGCUAGUGAACUUAGAUGGAAAGAAGACGGUUUAUGGAUUUUAAGUUCGAGAUUCCAGAAGUUUUACAAACGUACUGUAACGGCCAAUGAAAUUAAUCUUAGGGUUUUACGCCUACCUCUGAAUCCUCAUCCUGCUCAAAUGAAUUUUGAAUAUAUAAGAUAAUUUGAUUGUAUUUGAGUAAAGUUUGAUAACAAUUUUUUUUUUGUCCGGC